UGUCAGAAAAAAAGUUUGUCCAUUUUCCGUGAAUGAUGCCAUCCAUAAUCACUUCAGGCUGAAAAUUGAUUCUUCUCCUUUCUCCUCCCUUCCACUGUAAAUUGAUUCUUCAAAACCCUUCUUCCUCCCAUGGCAGCUCUUUCAAUUGGGACCCGCCUCUCCACUUCUCAUUCAAUCAAGAAACGACCAAAAGUCGCUCCAUUUCCGACUUCUUUACUUUCACUCUCUUCCCAACAACCUUGUUUUGGCUCUUCUCUUUGUAGAAUUAAGAAUCCCAAAUUGCUUGGUAAUGGGGUUAUCGCUAGAGCUGAAGAUAAAGCUAGAGAUUCAUCUUCUUCUUCUUCUGAUGUCCCGCCCCAGUCCCAGUCCAACUCAGAGAAGCAGCUCCAGGAGCUACCACCAGCAAAAACAUGUGACCCUCUAUGUUCUCUCGACGAAACAAGCUCACAAGAUUUUGAAGCCACUUACCAGCCAAAGACUGAUUUUUUGAAAGCCCUUGCAAUUUUAGCUGCAGCAGGAACAGGGACAGUGGCAAUCAACCAUUCCUGGGUUGCGGCAAACCAGGAUGUUGCCAUGGCAUUGCUAUUUGGAAUAGGGUAUGCUGGAAUUAUCUUUGAAGAGUCUCUUGCCUUCAAUAAAAGUGGAGUGGGAUUGCUAAUGGCUGUGAGCUUGUGGGUAGUACGAAGCAUUGGGGCUCCUUCUACAGAUAUAGCUGUUUCAGAGCUGUCACAUGCUUCUUCAGAAGUCAGUGAAAUAGUGUUUUUCUUGCUUGGUGCCAUGACCAUUGUAGAGAUAAUUGAUGCUCAUCAAGGAUUUAAGCUGGUUACCGACAAUAUAACCACUCGAAAUCCUCGGACUCUGCUUUGGGUGGUUGGCUUUGUCACCUUUUUCCUUAGUUCAAUCCUCGAUAACUUGACAUCUACAAUAGUCAUGGUUUCUUUAUUAAGGAAACUAGUGCCUCCCUCAGAAUACCGCAAGCUUCUAGGUGCUGUCAUUGUGAUAGCAGCAAAUGCUGGAGGGGCAUGGACUCCUAUUGGUGAUGUUACCACUACCAUGUUAUGGAUACAUGGUCAGAUAUCCACAUUGCCGACAAUGAAGGGCUUGUUUAUACCUUCCGCUAUUUCCCUUGCUGUUCCACUGGCUCUCAUGUCCCUGACCAGUGAAGUUAAUGGAAAAGGACAGCAGUCUGCCAAUGUUUUGUCAUCUGAACAGAUGGCUCCCCGAGGACAGCUUGUUUUUGCUGUGGGUAUUGGAGCCUUGAUUUUUGUUCCCGUGUUCAAAGCCUUAACAGGAUUGCCUCCUUACUUGGGUAUGCUUCUUGGGCUUGGAGUUCUUUGGGUUUUAACUGAUGCCAUUCAUUAUGGUGAAUCUGAAAGGCAGAAGUUAAAAGUACCCCAGGCUUUAUCACGGAUUGACACUCAGGGGGCACUUUUCUUCCUUGGAAUCCUUCUGUCUGUCGGCAGCCUAGAGGCAGCAGGGAUUUUGCGGGAAUUGGCAAAUUAUCUUGACGCUCAUAUACCUAAUGCUGAACUAAUUGCAAGUGCAAUAGGGGUUGUCUCAGCCAUUAUAGACAAUGUUCCUUUAGUUGCAGCAACAAUGGGAAUGUAUGAUCUCACAUCUUUCCCUCAAGAUUCCAACUUUUGGCAACUGGUUGCAUUUUGCGCUGGUACUGGUGGGUCAAUGCUGGUUAUCGGCUCAGCAGCAGGAGUUGCGUUUAUGGGAAUGGAAAAGGUGGACUUCUUUUGGUAUUUGCGGAAGGUCAGCGGUUUUGCAUUUGCAGGCUAUGCUGCUGGUAUUGCUGCCUAUUUAGCAGUUCAUAACCUCCAAAUCUCAUUACCCACAACAGUCGCGCAGGUUCCUUUCCUUUCCGGGUCAUAAUCAUUUAGAGCUCCAGUUGUGACGAUUUAGGGCAACAAAGACUGGAACUAUUUCUAGCGACUGAAAAUGCGGUACAUCUUUCUAUGUGGCUAUUUGCAUAAGAUUGAGCUUGGUGAAGAAUGUGGAGAACAAAAACAGCGGUCGCAUACUCUUGAGACAUUGAGGUUAUGUGAACAGAUGUUAGUAUAGCUACAUUGUAAAAUGUAAUCUUUUGCCAUUUUUGGCAUUAGGUGUUGAACUGUUUGAGUAGAGAUUAUUCUUCGCCAUCCACUGUGUCCAACAGAAGAUAGGACUGGCGGAUGACAUUCACGUUGAGAACUUACAUAUUUCUCUGUUUGUUUGGAGGGAAACCAACAAUCUCUCAAGAAAAAAUUUAUCAUGGAAAAAUAACUAAUUUCUAAUGUUGGAUGAAAAAAUGGUUAGUAUUUUUCGUUGUU